AUGGCCUCCGUGACCACUGUUUUGGACCCGCCCCGAACGCAGAUUACGACGUCCGUCUCACAAAUGUCCACACUGCUCGAGUGCCCCGUCUGCGGGAAUUAUGCGCUGCCUCCUAUCAUGCAGUGCGAGAACGGCCAUCACCUGUGCGCCCCGUGCCGGAAAAACGUCGCCAUGUGUCCAGUGUGCCGUGCUCCCAAAGGGAACAACAGAAACUUGGCGCUGGAGAAGCUGGCCGAAUCCACGUUGUUUCCCUGCAAGUAUCGCUCCAAGGGUUGCACGACGUCUCUGCUGAUCGCUGAAAAGAAGAGGCAUGAAAAUUCCUGUGAGCGCGG